GGUUGUUCCAUUGGCGUUGAAGAAGAGGAAACAAGCAAAAAGGUGAUGAAUGAGGACAUUCGCAUCCAUACGUGGCCCUGUUCAUAUUACAUCAACUCUGAAAAACGAUGGGUUCCUGGCAAGCUUUCGCUGACGCCCAUUUCGGUCAGAUUUACAGCUGACAAAUCUGGAGAGCUCCUGGCCAGCUUCCAUCUUUCCAGCAUCAGUGAGAUCAAGAAGGAAUCUUCCAACUUCAUCUUCAGUUCCCUCACUGUUUUGGAGAACAGCACCAAGCACUGGUUCAGUUCUCUUCAACCCAACCGGAAUGUGGUCUUCAACGUCCUUGAGCAUUUCUGGAGGGAGCAGCUGCUGUCCUUUGAGGGGGCAGCGGCUCGGGCCACCUGUCCACAGACGUCCAAGGGGAAGGAGCUAACCGGCUUGCUGAUGGGGUCUCAGAAACGCCUGGAAGACACGGCAAAGGUGCUCGAGCACCAAGGAGAACAGUUCGAUAACAUCAUGAAGGGGCUGAACAAGAUUGAAUCGGAGAUGGAUGUGGCAGACAGGUUAUUGUCAGAACUGGAAUCUCCAGCUUGGUGGCCUUUUGCUGGCAAACUAUUGAAGGGGCCAUUAGACGGGACAAAGCCAAAGGAAUCCGCCACCGUUCUUGAUUCUGGAAACAAGGAUGGAGUAAUAAUAGAAAUCCCUGUCAUUAUCACCGAAAGGACGGACUCUAACGUUAAACCAGGCAAACUUGCUCUCUUGGCUACUGGCCUGGAGAUCAGCAACUCCAGUUCCCAGCUGCUUCACUGGUUUGACAAGAAGGACGUGGACGAUGUCAAAGUUCAUUCGCCGUAUGAAAUCAGCAUCCGCCAGAGGUUCAUCGGGAAACCAGACAUCAGCUAUCGGCUGCUGUCAGCAAAGAUGCCGGAAGCCAUCCCGAUCUUGGAGAUGCAAUUCAGCAAGAAAAUGCAGUUCAUGGAGGAUGCUUUGGGGUUUGUCGGGGCAAGGAAGGCUCACCAGGAAGGUGUUGGUACUUCCAUCUGGCAAACAGCUACAGGACUGAUAGGAGGCAUGGUGCAAUCUGGAUCAUCACCAUCCUCCUCUCGAGGUGCAGGUGGCAGCCAGCAGGCUCAGCUGCAGCAGCAGGUUGUGUCAGAGGCCGAAACUCAGGAACUGAAGCAGAUUCUCCGGAAGCUCAAGGGCCUGGCCUUGGAAACCGAGACGGAGCUGGAACGGCAGGAUGAGGCCCUCGACGUCAUCACCUCUGCUGCAGAUCGAGCCACGAUGAACAUUGACAAGCAGAACCGCAGAAUGAAGAAGCUAACAUAGCAGCCGCAAGGCGCUAGUCCCUACUGUGCGAGGCAGAGAUUGCAGCUCUCUUCUGGAGCCGCGCCAUCUCUGACGUGGUUGUUUGUGGUCGCUGCCGUAGCUCUCAAAGAGGGCCUUGGGAUACUGAGUCAACGGUAUCGAACAAUGAGGAGGUGAUUUGGGGAGGACUUUUCUGAAUUAAGGGGAUGUUGUGUUCAGCGGUAGGAUAAGUAAGAGCGUCAUCUCUGCAGUUGAAUUGGACUGUGCUCUUGACUUCCAGCAGAUUUGAGAAUACCGUGUUGUGUGUUCACGGGAGACUUUGAGGAGGACAAAUGCGUCCUCCUGUGAUGCAAGGGGAUUAAUGGAAUUACCCAGUGGUGAGUUGGGGAGCAUUCUGGAGUGCCCUUGUGGAAAAGAAGGCAAAGCAUGACUUGCACAUUUGUCCCUUAAUUGGGCCUGUUGAACGACGGAUUUCGAUUAUUAACAAUUUACAUAGUUCGCUGCGCCUUCAUUUAUUCUGCCAUAAAGGGAGUGACUGGCUGAUUUUGGCCUUUAACAGCAUGUGAUCAAUGAACCGCUUUAAGUCGAUGUAGUCCUAAGAACACAAGAGGAGCCCUGCUGGAUUGGACCCAGCUAAGGCCAGCAUUCUGCUUCCAACGGGGGCCAUCCGUGUGCUCCUGGAAAGCCCAGGAAUAGGAUGCGGAGGCAAAAAACCUUCCAUUGCUGCUUGUUUCUGGCAUCUUAUAAUUUAGAGCUAAUGCUGCCUAAUGCUGAGGCAGUAUUAGCCUCUGAGGCCCAAUUUAGCCAUCGUGACUAGUAGCCAUUUAUAGAGUAUCUGCCCUCGGUUUGCCUACUUCCCUUUUGCAAACCACUUAAGCUAGUGGCAGUCACCUGUAGACUUCGUUAGAUUGACCUGUCAGUUCUCAAAGUGAAAUCCCUCUUCUGUUUCUUCUGCCUUUUCUGAACCGGUAUUGAAGAGGCAAGGGAUGAGCCCAGCCUCUGAAAAGCCAGCGUUCCGUACCUGUGUACCGCCUUACAUAUUUAAAAUAAGUGAAAUGGUGAUGAGGAAUGUCUGUAAAUAAUAUUGGAACUCCGUUGGUCUUAUUGGGUUAAAACCUAUUUAGCUAGAUACGAUUUUACAGACACUUUCAUUUCCAAAGAAAUGGAAUAUAGUGCAUUUUUCGUUGGUCUCUAUGGUGUUGAACACAGCGGUUUAUUGCUGUUGUUCUGUAUUCAUUUUUCAUAGAAUCAUAGAAUAGCAGAGUUGGAAGGGGCCUCCAAGGCCAUCGAGUCCAACCCCCUGUUCAAUGCAGGAAUACCCUAAAGCAUGCUUAUGUGUCUUAUGUCCAACUACUUUGCAUUCUAAAAGUUGAAUGUACACAUACAGAUUUGUUAGCGCUGGAGAGGUUACCUAAUGAAAAGGUUGGAAUCCAGAAGUAACAUUUGGGUCCUCGGGCUGGAUUGAGUUAUUUAUGUGGCACCGGAAUUUGAGUCUGGGUGCAAUCGGAAGUUAAAUUAGUGCAUUUCUGGGUUUUUUUGCAUUUCAGCUUGAAGGCCUGGUGGACUCACUGAAGGCUGUUAUAGGCAGAAAUCUGUUUUAGUUCUAUUUUAAUCUUAAUCUAAUGAAUAUUGCCUGCUAAUUGCAGUUGUAGAGCAAACUGCAGAAGAGUAGUUUAAAGAAUCAUAGAAUCAUAGAAUAGCAGAGUUGGAAGGGGCCUACAAGGCCAUCGAGUCCAACCCCCUGCUCAAUGCAGGAAUCCACCCUAAAGCAUCCCUGACAGAGGGUUGUCCAGCUGCCUCUUGAAGGCCUCUAGUGUGGGAGAGCCCACAACA